ACUUACAGCAGCAGCUGCGUGUGUAAGCACGCACUAAGGAGUAGAUUGUAAGCGCGCAAUGAGCAACACGAGGCAAUGCAAGCACAAGUACAAGGAUGAACGUUGAGAUUUGAUUCAUUCAUAAGGGAGCAAGGGGUGGCCUUGGGAAAUCAGUGGAGGGAGAAGAGAGACGUCUCAACACGUGGACUUGAACAAAAUAACCUGCACGCACUCAUGUCCACAGCGCAAACGAAACCUCCACACUUUGAUAUGGCACUGGUCUAAUUCAUGGCACAAACGUUUCUCGUCACCGUUUCUAUUCCUAUCAAAGAGGACGCGAACUCUGACCAUUCGCCUUGACAAUUUGCCUCCGAUUUCCCCCCGGCGUGGUAUUUCGUCCACAGACUGUGUUUUUUUACGAGGCGACCGAACAACCUUGGCGUCAACAUUGUGAUGUCUCAAAGGCAAGGUUGUCUUGUAAGCUGCCCAUAUAAUAAACAACGUGCUUCAAGCGAUCACACUUCGACGCAGCAGCCAUGGAUGUGAAGAGCUUGCUGCUGCUGCUGCUGUCAGUCAACUUCGCUCUCUGCGUAGUGACCUCUUCGGACGAGUCUCGAGGUGACGGCGAUCCGAGAGGAGGCGACGACUUUGGUCUCUUCGCUUUCGGACCCAGCGACGUGGGCCAAAUGUCUCGCCCGAUGCUGCUUCCUUCGCGAACCCACGGCGCGUUCAGCUUGCCAUUCCGCGAGGAAAACUACCUGUACUUCCCCAAACAGAGGGACCUCAAGUCCGCCCGACUGCACAACAUUCUAGGCUCGUCCUUCGACCCAUUCUGGAUGUCAGUCAAGAGGCCCAGCAGCAGCAGCGGCAGCACGACCAGUGACACGGGGUCCCUGGCCACUCGGAGCUCCGCCGUGCGCAACGCCGCGACCGCCGCGGGCAGGAAGCUGCACGCCGCAGCGAGGGCCCUCAACUUCACCGUGCUGACCGACUCCGGAGCAGCGGUCACCGCCACAGAAGCCACCGUGGCCUUCAUGACGCGCUGGCUGCUACAGAAGGCCGAGUGCGGCGUCUCCUCUUCGUGGCACGACCUCGGCUCCGUGUUCUGGCCGCGCUGGAUCCGGCUGAACCACUGCGAAGAGAGCGGCGGCGGAGAAGGAGGAGGCUGCUCCUGGCCGGCGGGGAUGUCCUGCGCACCGGCGCAGUCGACGCACAUCAAAAUCCUGGCCUGGCACUGCUACGCGUUACGCAGCGCUGCCGUGGACGGGCAGCCCCCCCCGCUUCAGCCCCUGCAGAAGUGCAGCUGGCGGCUGGUCCCGUACCCGCUGGUCACUGCCUGCACGUGCGGAUGUGACAAACACAGCACGGGACACGGAUGGGAGUGAAUCUCCCCGCAGCAAAACAAAAAACCCACUGCGACGUUGUGCAUUGGUGUUGGGGAGGACGAUGUCAAGGACCCCCCCCCCCCUUUCAUUGGGGGGGCUUUUGGGUACGGAAUGAGGCAAACGUCCUUGUCUCGCGGUGUGUUCAAGACUUCGAUUUUGCUGCGUCGAUCUCAGUGUUUUUGCUUCUGUCAUUCUGGUGGGCCAAUUUGCUCUUGCAAACGAUCCUCCGCUGUCCUCCUCUCUUGAGAGUUCUCACCUGCUUAGACAAAAUAAACUCGAACAAAGCUCUCAACUUGGUUUCACGGUAAAUUGUAAAUGUCAGGCUGCAGUGCCCAAAUCCCUUGAGCUCGAGUCGGGGAAUACGAUCUUGUGUGCAGGAAUAUCACGUUUCUACAUGUUGAUUUGUAAUCGAGAGAAUGUUAUGUCAUGUUAUAGUUUCCAUAACGAGCAUACGAUGUAUAUUCAAUUGCACAAAACGAAUAAUAUUUGUAUGUGCACUGUAAUAGCUUAUUUUUUAAAAAGAAAUAUCCAUAAAAAUAUAAUAUAGCAUUAACCUGCUUAAUUAUUCAUACAUCUUUAGAUACUACAUAUACAGCAUAAUGUAUAUAAUAUCAUUUGGAUACACUUAACGGGUUUCUGAAGUCUGUAAUUCAAUCAGGAAGUGCAGCCCAACUUAAAACCUGGGCUCAGAUUUCCACGUAAUUGAGGGGCAUAAUUUAAUUUGCUGGAUAAUUGCAUAAAGAUAUAACUGUUGAAUAUAGCCGUGCACGUUGUAAAUUGAGAGGUGUACAUUUAAACGAUGCAAGAGAACGAAUUUAGAUGUAAUUGUACGGUUCUGUAACAGAAAGUGACACUUCUUUAGUUAGCACUUAUUAGCAUUACCAUCUACAAAUCCAGGUAACUUACACUACAGUAAAAAUAACGUAUGCAUAUUUGCAGCAGUUAAUAUACCAAAAAUAAACCAUUUUGAUCCCCUAUCAAUAUCAUGCUGUACUAUCAGUUAUAUUAGGUCAUGCUUUUUAGAGGUAAGUUUCUAAAUUAUAUAAUACAUCUCACAACACAAUAAUCAAUAACACCAUGGCCUUAAAAGAAAAAUAUAUAUAAU